AUGACGGAUAUGGCCAUACAGAUCUUAUGUGCAGCUACCAUCAUUGUGGAGUUCAUAAUUGGGAGUGCUGCAAAUGGAUUCAUAGCUCUGGUGAACAUCAUGGACUGGGUCAAGAGAAGAAAGGUCUCUUCAGUGGAUCAGAUCCUCACUGCUUUGGCAAUUUCCAGAAUAAAUAUGUUGUGGUCUGCACUUAUUAUUACACUAGUAUCUUCACUACAUCCAGAUUUAGAAGUGGCUGUGAAAAUGGUAAGACUAAAAAAUAACACCUGGAUUAUUGGAAAUCAUUUCAGCAUCUGGCUGGCCACCAUCCUCAGCAUCUUUUAUUUUCUCAAGAUAGCCAAUUUUUCUAACCAUAUUUUUCUCUACCUAAAGUGGAGACUUAAAAAGGUGGUUUCAGUGACAUUGCUGCUGUCUCUCGUCUUCUUGUUUGUAAAUAUUUUAGGGAUGAACAUACACAUUGAUGUUUGGUCUGGUACAUUGCAAAGAAAUUUCUCCUACAGUUCCACAUCAAAGAAUUACACACAAUUUUACAGAUUUAUAUUUUUAAUCAACACAAUGUUCACACUCAUCCCAUUCACCGUGUCGCUGAUCAUUUUUACCCUGCUCAUCUUCUCCCUCUGGACACAUCUGAAGAACAUGCGAUACAACGUCAAGGGCACCAGAAACUCCAGCACCGUGGCUCACAUAAAUGCCUUGCAAACGGUGGUCACUUUUCUCCUUUUCUACACAGGUUUCUUUCUGACUCUUGCCACACAAGUUUGGGCAUCUCAACUUCUAGAGGAAAAUCUUUUGUUUUUCACUGCUGUUAUAAUUACUUUUCCUUCGGUCCACUCAUGUGUUUUGAUAUUGAGAAAUAGUAAGCUGAGGCAGGCCUCUCUUUUGGUGUUGUGGUGGUUGAGGUGCCAGUCCAAGGAAGUAGACUCUUUUGUCCCCUGA